UCAGCCAUAACCAACAGAAACAGAGCGCAUAAGAAAAAAAAAACAGACACCAGAAGGAGGAGAGAAGCAGAGAUGGCAAUGGCGACCGCACUUCGCAGACUCUCUUCUUCAGUACACAAGCAGCCAAUCCAUCGUGUCUUCAAUGGCGGCUCAUUCUACCACCUGUCGUCUUUGCCGAACGAAGCUGUCUACGAGAAGGAAAAAUCGCGCGUAUCAUGGCCAAAGCAAUUGAAUGCUCCACUUGAAGCUGUCGAUCCUGAGAUUGCCGACAUUAUUGAGCUUGAAAAAGCUAGACAAUGGAAGGGACUUGAAUUGAUACCCUCAGAGAAUUUCACAUCUGUCUCUGUCAUGCAAGCAGUUGGAUCAGUAAUGACUAACAAAUACUUUAGAAAUUGAUAGUUUGUCUAUUUGGUU